AUGUGUGAAGCGGAUUCUGGAUGCGUGCCAAAAGGAUGUGAAGAAGACAUUCACGGAAGGUAUGGAUGUGGCUACUUCCGACUCAACAUUUACCAUUACAAAGUUGUUCUAAGCGAACGAUCAGUAAAUCGAUAUAGGCAGUAUGUGAUUUCAAUACAUUCGUCUCUACUUCUUUAUGCACAUUUGCCUCAUCCGGUGAAUGUAGAGGGUAACAAAAUUUGGACUCAUUACUUGCGUCACCUUGGAAUUGCAUAA